UCUGGAAACCGAAACCGAGAAUGGGAUUUCCCACGAAAGCCUGAAAACUGCACAUCGGACCCGGUAUUUUGGGGAUAAUCCACACCGCAGGUCUUGACAGUUGGUAGCUGGCGCAAACAGUAUUGCAUAUGCGCGUUUUUGCAUCAUUCCGUGACAGGCGGAAACGUAUAAAAGGCACAUAGAUUAGGCACCAAGGUAAUUUCAGAGGUAAGACAUCCAUGUCUCAGUCCAAACCUCUGCUCAUCCCGUGGCUGAGAAAGCAGAUCGAUAGUGGGCAGUACCCAGGUGUUGGCUGGACAAAUCAGGAACGGACGGAGUUCUGCAUCCCGUGGAAGCACGCGCUCAGACAGGACUCCUCGAGCGCCGACGUUCUCAUAUUCAAGGCGUGGGCGGAGGCCAGUAGUGGCAAGGCUCAGGGAGACGCCUCUAUCUGGAAGAGGAACUUCCGCGCCGCGCUGCGAGCCAAGGGCUUCCAGAACAUCUGCGACAACAAGAACGACGCAGCCAACCCCCACAGAGUGUUCCGCUGGCCGGGCGACGCCCCGGCAGGGGGUUCUCAGGAGCCUGCGGAAGCAGACCUGUACCAGGAGCCCCCUCUGGAUGGAGGUCCAGAGGGACCGCGGGUCUAUGCUGUUUACCUUCCGCAGGAGACGUUUACAGGGGGAGAUUCACCCAAUGAGGAGCCAGAUCUCCUGGAGCGCUGCCUGAAUGGGUUAAACAUCGUAGAACCCCCAGAAGAUGGACAAAAUGAUCAGAUUUUUGAAGAGUUUCCAGGGCAACAGCCAUAUCCAGAAACAAUGGGAGCUGAGGGAGGAGUUGGGUUGCCGGGACAACCUGCUUACCCAAUGGGUGAAGUGGUGGGCUUGGCCAGUGAGGAAGCGAUGGUGACUCAGCUGGUCAGCAGCAUGUCCAGCACCAUGGAAGAUCAUUUCAAGACCCAGUUCAAGGUGUCUGUGUACUUCAGAGGGCAGAAGGUGUCUGAGCAGCUGGUGGAGAACGAUGCCGGCUUCAGACUGGUCUACCGGCCUGAGCUGACCCGGCCCGUGCGGGACCCCCUGUCGGGGCUGCACCUGGUGUCCCUGCCCACGGUCGGGCCCAUGGUGGACCACAACCAGGCCCGGUUGACCCAGACCAUCCUGGAAAACAUGGGGGACGGGCUGGAGGUGGGGGUGACAGGCUCAGUCAUAUACGGCUGGCGGAGGGGGGAGAGCAGGGUGUUCUGGAGCCUGUGUAAGUUCGACCACAGCCGGACGCCACAAGAGGUGUCCAAGAGGGAGCCCCAGCAACUGUACCUGGCCAAGGACUUCUUCUGGGGACUGCAUCAGUUCAUCAUCCACGGCGGAGGUGAUUCCCCCCCUAUCUCUGUGUUCCUGUGUCUGGGAGAGAAGUGGCCCGACCCAGACACAAGGCCCUGGGAGAAGAAGCUGGUGACUGUGGAGGUGGUGUUCACGUCUCUGGAGAUGCUGAAGGAGAUGGCCGUCAGGGGUGGCGCCUCCUCUCUGCAGUCGGUGGAACUGCAGCUGUCUCUGCAGGAGUCUCUACAGGAGCUUAUGGAGUUGUGUUGAAGAUGAACUGAAACACUCCAGCAAUGAGCCAUCACUGUUUAUUAUUAUAUACUAUUAUUAUAAUUAGACCAAUAUGCUGUUCUUAUUGGUCCAGAGAAGUUUUAAGAAGUCCACAAAACCUUUUGCAGACUUCUGAAAGUUCAACGAGGGUUGCCAAGUGGUUGCCUUGGAGAUGUUGACAACAUGGCGUCUGCUUUUUUGUUUUUCUCCCAGAUUAUUGUUGAAGUAUAUAAGAAACCAAAUAUGGACUUUGGACAGGUCUGAAAACGUAUUUGUAAGCAGAGAUUUGUUCAAACGUUUUAACAAAUCAAAGGCGUUUGCAGACCUGUCAAAGUCCAUAUUUGGUUAUGGCAACACAGAAAACAAAAAAUCUCCAUGAAACAACACAGCUCAGUUGCCUGGCAACGUAACCAACUGAACUUUUGUUUAAUUUUUAGAGUUUAAAAUGUGAAUAAGAGUUGUGUGUUUUUUAUACAAGACUUGUAACAGUAAUAUUUGUAAAAACAAAUCAAAUUAAAUGCAGCACAGAGAAUUCAA